AUGAAAUUAUACGAAAAUAAAAUUGUUAUUCCUCUGUACUUAUACUACGAUGACUUUGAGGUUUGUAAUCCACUGUCUACAGCUGCAGGGAUUUAUAAAAUUGGAGGACUGUACUUCUCGAUUGCCGCUUUACCACCUGAAUUUUCAUCUUCUGUUGAUAGCAUUUUUUUAGCUCAAUUAUUGUAUACUUCGGAUUUAAAAACAUUUGGAAAUGAGAAAUGCUUCUCUAAUGUUAUUGAACAAUUGACUGAUCUUGCAAACACAGGGGUUUCUAUUAUUAUUGACGGUGACACGAAGCAUUUAUUUUUUGUGACUGUGGGAAUAUUAGGUGAUAAUUUAGGCGUUAAUAGUAUUUUUGGUUACAAUGAAAGUUUUGUAGCGACAUAUUUUUGUAGAUUUUGUCAAGCAUCAAAAGCAGAAUGUUAUCAACAAUGUAAAGAAGAUGUAAAAUUAUUACGUAACUGUGAAAACUAUGCAGAAGAUGUUAAAAAUUUAUCUCACGGAGUUAAAGAAUCUUGUGUUUUUGACAAACUACCAUUUUUCCAUCAUGUUAUUAAUGCUACGUGUGAUGUUAUGCAUGAUUUCUCACUAGGCGUAUGUAGGUACGAUAUGGCAAAAAUUAUUAAACAUUGUAUAGAUGAGAAAUACUUUACCUUACAACAAUUAAAUGACCGAAUAAAAUACUUUGAUCAUUCUGAAUUUGAUCACGGCAAUAAAGUAUCAACUAUAUCAAAAAACCACAUUCAAAAUGGUUGUAUAAUAAUUACAGCGGCUGAAAUGUCUUGCUUAGUAACAUAUUUUGGAAUUAUUAUUGGCGAUUUAGUUCCCUUUGAUGAUCCAGUAUGGGAAUUAUACUUGUGUUUGUUUGAUAUUUAUGAUAUUGUUAUGAGUUCAACAAUUUCCCAAAGUGAAAUAAUUCAUUUGGAGCAACUUAUAAAAUUGCACAAUCAAUUAUACAUUGAAUCUUUUUCAGAAAAUCUAAAGCCUAAGCAUCAUUUAAUAUUACAUGUCCCGUCUAUAAUAAAAAAUAUGGGACCGGCAAAUGAAUUUUCAUAUUCAAAAUAUGAAUCCUUCCAUAAGCUUUCAAAAGCACAGGCUAACAUUGUGAAUUCGCGUGUUAAUAUUAUUUAUACUGUAGCACUUAAAAUCCAACUGCAUCUUUGUUAUAAAUUUAUCAGUGAAAGUGGUUUAGAAGAUCGCAUUGAAUAUGGUGAUGUUAGUGACCUUGAUAAUUAUACAGAUAAUGCUUUUUCUUUUUGGAAAAGUAUUGAAAAACACUCUGUUUCGUGGCUUAAAGUUAAUGGAACACUUUAUAAGCCUAGCUAUUUGAUUUACGUAAAAAAUGAUGUUAUUAAUGAACAAGAAAAGGCAUCAUGGCUAAGUUUCAAGGAAGUGUGUAUCAAGUUUUUAAGUAACACCAAGGAUGCUGAUUACGAAUAUAUUGUGGCCAAUAUGAUCGCAAACUUUCAGCGUUCAGGUUGCCUAAUGAAUUUGAAACUUCACUUUUUUAAUUCGCAUCUCAACUAUUUUCCGGAGAACAACGGAGACUUUAGUGAAGAGCAAGGAGAGAGAUUUCAUCACGAUCUCAAAGAACUUGGAUGGUGA